UUGAAAACCCCAUCCAUCAUCAGCAUAGUGGACUCCACACCAUACAUCCACGCACCUCCCUCGUCACUCCCCCACCCUACACCCAAGAGGUUACACAUACAGACACCCACAGCUCGCCACCAAGUCCACAAUCGCCAACGCUUUCUUCUCUCUCUGGCCCUCUCUCUUUCUCUCUCUGUCUCUCUCAGAGUAUUGAAUUUUUGGAGCCAAUGGCCUCGUGCGUAGGCGAUACGGCUCGGGCACUGGCCUGCCGGGACGGAAGAGCAGCGGCGCACCUGAAGCUGGUAUCAAUCUUCGUAAUCUUCAUCACCAGUGUGGUGGGCAUCUCCUCCCCGGUGAUGCUUGCCCGGGUUUUCCAAGGCAAACCCAUGUACGACAAGGCGAUUCUCAUCAUCAAGUGCUUCGCCGCCGGCGUGAUUCUCUCCACCUCCCUCGUCCACGUCCUCCCGGACGCCUUCGCCGCCCUCUCCGACUGCCACGUCGCCUCCCACCACCCCUGGAAGGACUUCCCUUUCUCCGGCCUCGUCACCAUGAUCGGCGCCAUCCUCGCCCUCCUCGUCGACCUCACCGCCUCCGCCCAUGUCGACAGCCACAAGCCCAGUCACUACACCCCAAUUGGGACCCAAGAAGAAUUGCCCACUCACGCCAAGAAAUUGACCGAGUUCCGGGUUGAAACGGCGGUACUGUCGGUGAGUUGCCCUGACAAACAAGGUGAAGAGCUGGUGAAGCUGAAGCAGAGACUGGUGUCUCAAGUAUUGGAGAUUGGAAUCAUAUUCCACUCGGUCAUCAUAGGCGUUACCCUGGGUAUGUCUCAAAAUCAAUGCACCAUCAGACCUCUCGUCGCUGCCCUCGCCUUCCACCAGAUUUUUGAGGGUUUGGGCCUCGGAGGCUGCAUUGCUCAGGCGGGUUUCAACUUUGGAACAACAGCGUAUAUGUGCUUUAUGUUUGCAGUGACGACUCCAAUGGGAAUUGUACUGGGAAUGAUCAUAUUUUCUGCGACAGGUUACGAUGACAGUAGUGCGAAUGCUUUGAUCAUGGAGGGGCUGCUGGGGUCCUUAUCAUCGGGUAUACUCAUAUACAUGGCCCUUGUUGAUCUCAUUGCAGUAGAUUUCUUCCACAACAAGAUGAUGGCUUCAGCUCCAUUGUUGAAAAAGGCUUCUUUCAUUGCCUUGACCCUUGGCUCCGUCUCCAUGUCUGUUCUGGCCCUUUGGGCCUGAAUUUUUGUUUUGCUUGUUGAGAGUCGAGACCAAUGCCCAUGAUGACGAGUCCAUGUGAUUGUAUGGCGUAUAACUCUAAAGAGUUUUAGGUUCAUUUGUAUAUAACAUCACGUUCAUGAAUCCCAAUAGUCUUCCUAAUUUUCUGUUCAAAAA